GCUGGAUGAUUCAGGCCCAGUGUCUCUCAUGAGAUUGCAGUCAUUCAAAGGCAUGACUGGGGCUAGAUGAUUUGCUUCCAAGACUGCUUGCUCACAUGACUAGCACAUUGGUACUGGCUGUUCUCAGGUUUCAGUUUCUUACCACGAGCUCCUCUCUUUAGGGCUGCUUGAGUGUCCUCACAACUGAUGGCUGAUGGCUGCACCUAGAGAGAGUGAUCCAAGAGAACAAAGCAGAAGCCACAAUUAUGACCUAGCCUCAGAAGUCACACAUUGUCAUUUUCACAUUAUCCUGUUGGUGACAUAGAUUAGUUCUGCUCAGUGUGGGAUGGGAGUAUAUAGACUUGAAUGCUGGGAGUUGAGAAUCACUGGGGACCAUUUGGAAGGCUGGCUACCACAGCUGUGUAUUAAAAACCAAGAGGCAUUCUAUGUGGCAAAGGUUAAUGAGAGACAUUUUGCUGGGUGUACCUGUAUUCUGAAGUAAAGCUGACAAGAUUUGCUGGUGGUUUGGUAUAUGAGGUACGGGAAAAAGAGAGGCAUAAGGGAUGCCUCCAAGAUUUUUUGCUAAAUAACUGGAAGUAUCAAAUUGUCUUUCACUGAGAUGGAGAAAACUCUGAGAGGAACAACUUUUUAAGGGGAUGAUCAGGAACUCAGUUUUGGACAUAGAACUUUGAGAUACUAUAAGAUAUCCAAGGGCAGACAUCAAGUAAACAGUUAAAUGUGUGUGCCUCUGGAAGUCAGAAGAGAGAUUAGGGCUGUGAAUAAAAUUUGGAAUCAUUAAUUUAUCAGUGAAAUUUAAAACCAUGAGACUGAAUAAGGUCACCAAAGGAUCGAAUGAAGACAGAAAAGAGAUCCAAGACCUGAAAUCUUGGUCCCUCCACAGUAAGAAGAACUGUAAAGAGAACUUAGAAGGAGUGGUCCAUGAGGUAGGAGAACCAUGAAAGGAGAGUGAUGUGCCAGAAGCCAAGAGAAGAAAGUGUUUUGAGAGAGAGGAAAUAAUCAUUGUGGCUGCUGAGUGAAGUGAGAUGAUCCUGGAGGUCACUGGAGACCUUGAGGGAGCAGUGUUACUGGAGUAAUAGUUGGAAUGGAUUCAAGUGUGAAUGGGAAAAGUGGAGAGACACCUUAGCGCUCCACAUUUCCCAGUCCCUCUGGCCACAUGACUAGUUCUGGCCAAUCUGGACUUUGAAGUAUUUAAGAGUUCUGACAUGACCCUCCAGCCCUGUCUUCCAUUGCCAGGUGAUGGCAGAGCUAUAAGAUGCUAGUAGCCUGGAUUCCUGAAUCACUGCCCGGAGGGAGCUGCUCUGAAUUGCUACCAAACCCACAGAGAGCCCAAGGGAUGGCUGCUGACAUGCAGAGGAAGAGAAGCAGCGAAGGCCCUGAUGGCACGUUGGCUCCUUCUGAUGGGCAGAGUGUGGAGAGAGCUGAGAGCCCCACACCAGGACUGGCCCAGGGAAUGGAGCCAGGUGCCGGACAGGAGGGUGCCAUGUUCGUCCAUGCCCGUUCCUAUGAGGACCUGACUGAAUCAGAGAAUGGGGUGGCUUCUGGGGAGAGCCCCAAGGAGGGUGCUGGUGGUCCUCCACCUCUGCCUACAGACAUGCGCCAGAUCAGCCAGGACUUCAGUGAGCUGAGCACCCAGCUGACAGGUGUCGCCCGAGACCUGCAGGAGGAGAUGCUUCCAGGAAGCUCUGAGGACUGGCCGGAGUCCCCAGGGGCAGCUGGGCGACCAGCCACAGAGCCCUCAAGAGAGGGCACUGGUGAAGGGGAUGAGGAGGAGACUGCUGAGGCAUGGCGCCUGCACCAGAAGCAUGUCUUCGUGCUGAGCGAGGCGGGGAAGCCUGUGUACUCCCGCUAUGGGUCAGAGGAGGCACUUUCCAGCACCAUGGGUGUCAUGGUGGCCCUGGUAUCCUUCCUGGAGGCUGACAAGAAUGCCAUCCGUUCCAUCCAUGCAGAUGGCUACAAGGUAGUAUUCGUGCGCCGGAGCCCACUGGUGCUGGUGGCGGUGGCCCGCACGCGGCAAUCGGCACAGGAACUGGCGCAAGAGUUGCUCUACAUCUACUACCAGAUCCUGAGCCUUCUUACGGGCGCGCAGCUGAGCCACAUCUUCCAGCAGAAGCAGAACUAUGACCUGCGGCGCCUGCUCUCAGGCUCUGAGCGCAUCACGGACAACCUGCUGCAGCUUAUGGCGCGAGACCCCAGUUUCCUGAUGGGGGCGGCGCGCUGCCUGCCCUUGGCGGCGGCCGUGCGCGACGUCGUGAGUGCCAGCCUGCAGCAGGCGCGCGCCCGCAGCCUCGUCUUCUCCAUCCUGCUGGCGCGCAACCAGCUUGUGGCGCUUGUGCGCCGCAAGGACCAAUUCCUGCACCCCAUCGACCUGCACCUGCUCUUCAACCUCAUAAGUUCCUCCUCGUCCUUCCGCGAGGGCGAGGCCUGGACGCCCGUGUGCCUGCCCAAAUUCAACGCAGCCGGCUUCUUCCACGCACACAUCUCUUACCUGGAGCCUGACACGGAUCUCUGCCUGCUGCUCGUCUCCACCGACCGUGAGGACUUCUUUGCAGUGUCUGACUGCCGCCGCCGCUUUCAGGAGCGCCUGCGGAAGCGCGGAGCGCACCUGGUGCUGCGGGAGGCACUGCGCACACCUUACUACAGUGUUUCCCAAGUGGGCAUCCCUGACCUGCGCCACUUCCUCUAUAAGUCAAAGAGCUCGGGACUCUUCACCAGCCCUGAGAUCGAGGCCCCGUACACCAGCGAAGAGGAGCAGGAGCGGCUGCUGGGCCUCUACCAGUACCUGCACAGCCGCGCCCACAAUGCCUCCCGCCCACUCAAGACUAUCUACUACACGGGCCCCAACGAGAACCUCCUGGCUUGGGUGACAGGCGCCUUUGAGCUCUACAUGUGCUACAGCCCCCUGGGAACCAAGGCGUCGGCCGUCAGUGCCAUCCAUAAACUGAUGCGCUGGAUCCGCAAAGAAGAAGACCGCCUCUUCAUCCUCACGCCCCUCACAUACUGAUGAGAAUUUGUGUGGGCUCGGCCCUCCUAGGCACACCAGGCUGUGGAAGCCAUGGGAGCUUCCAGGUGGGGCUGGCCUCUCUGGCCCAGGCAGCAGGCAGGGACUGUGGGUUGGUGUGUGCAUUAAAGUGCUUUGGGGAAGACACUUGGGGGCCUUGUCACUG